AUUUAUAUUUCCGUUUUUCUUUCUUUUCUUUCAGUUGCUCCGCUGUCUGGGCGCGCCUUUUCAAUCCAGUGUAAAAUGGGAUGGCAAGAAUGGAACCAGGCCUGCUACAAGUUAACCAACGAUUUUGUAUCAUUCUCCAGCGCCUCCUCCAUUUGUAGGCAGAGUGGAGCUGAAUUGGUGUCCAUUGCAAGUCUCCAAGAAAACGAAUUCGUCCACAAUGUGUCCGAAGGAGAGGACGUCUUCAUUGGUCUCCGUGCUGCAAAAGCCAGUGACAGCUUUGUCUGGUUGGAUGGCAGCACUUUUGAUUACAGUAGGUGGGAAGACGGAGAACCUAACGGCGAUUGUGGAGUAGACGGCUGUUGCGUUAUCCUCGUGGGACCUACCGGCAGGUGGAAUGACACACCAUGUGAGAUGUGGCAGCCGUUUGUGUGUAAAUUCACAAGCUCGCAACCCAAACUGCGGCCAGGUAAUUGCCUAGUUUUUAACCUAGGGGAACGUGUCCGUGUGUUAUGGGACUAUCAACAUUAGAUACAAAUAGUCAGAAACAGCGCGCCGAGUUUUGACAAAUAAAAUCCCCGAGCUUGGCGUUAAUAAGGGCAAUAUUGAAGACGAUAGAGCCAUUUUAGAACAUGACAAUUUACAAAGAAAUGUAUGGAUUGCUGGAGUCCCAUAUUUAGAGAUGUUGGAUGGGUGUAUAUAUAUCUCGUUCAUUGUUAGCCCCAUGAACACCUGUGCUUGAGGAUUUUAUACGUGGCUCACUGGUUAAUAGAGCACUAAAGUGUGAUGUCAUAAAAAAUUAAAUUUGUGAAAUCAUGGGAUUUGUCAGGAUAUUCUCAAAGAACAUAAUCCAAGAGGCCUACUUGCCGAAAACUAGCAUUGUUGGGCAAAUUGUCUCUGAGAUAUUAGCCUAGUUAUGUUCUGAUGACUCCUUACAAAUCCUUCUAAAUUUGACUUAGGUCUAAACUUUUAGACCCAAGCAGGAUUUUAGAAGGAUUUUUAUGGAGUCAUCAGAGCAUAACUGGGCUAAUAUCUCAGAGCAGGAGCGCAAAAUUUCGGCAAGUAGGCGUCUUGGACCUUGUUCUUUCAGAAUAUCUCGACAAAUCUCAUAAUUUCACAAAUUUAAUUUUUAUGACGUCAUCACUUUAGAACACUAUAACGGAGCUCCACGCGAGAGCGUAGCGCCACACCCAAGAAAAUGUGGUACUCUACCCAUCCGAGAAAUUUUGGUAAUCAAGUGACCGUACGCCCGUCCGUCCGUACGCACCACAGGUAUACCAAUGUAAAAUAACUCAACGAACAGGUAUGGCAACCCAAAUGCAAUUCGAGGUUAUUUUGGCUGAAAAUCGCGUAGCCACCCGCGUCUUGUGAAGCAGGGACAACUUAAAAGUCAAUAAAGACGAAAACGGACAUUUCCUCCAUAAAACGUGUAACUAGGAAGUUUCACGUUGUAGUCGUGCAAAACAACGGCAGACAUGUACAAAUAAGUGUGCUGCACGUGCAAAGUUGCUUUUUUGCUAAUCAGACCUGCUGUUGUUUUUCACCGUUCUCGUUGCCUUCGCCGUGUAGCGUUACACGAUUUUAUAUUUUGUUUGAGCAAACAAUAAAUAUUAUCGAGAUCUAUAUAUUAAUCCCAUAGUAUACAGACUUGUACCCAGUUCCGCUCGGUUUGACAGCAGGCCAAAGGUUAAGUAACGUCGACGGCGAUGUCCGCCUAAACGACGCUCACUUAUUACGAUGUCUAUAGCCUGCGUAGGCAGCAAUCAAUGAAUAGGGAUGAGCGCUUAGGUAUGAUAGCCUGUACACAGGCUAAGGUAUGACUGCUCUUCUAAGUAGAACAAAUUAUAGUGAAUGUACAAAAGUUAUAGUGUAUGCAAACUUAUGUAAAAGAGGCGUAAUGGAUUGGUAUUGGAGGUGGAGUUAUUUCACACCCCAAUUCAUCAAACUCAGGAGUCCAUAACCCUGAGAGAGCAACUGCCAUGUACUCGUGUCAUAGCGUUCUCACCGACCAGUUUAUUUUAAGAACAUAUUUGGCAUGAAUUCAGAAUGUACUUUUAGUCACAUAGACCAGUCAGCAAAACCCACAGACCUAAAAAUGAUAUGUUUGACGUUUGAAAGAGGUUUAGUUUUCCGUUUUUAUAUCUUACACUUGGAAUGCGCUCAUAGGUGGAUCGGAGAUUCCGUUUCGGCUGAAAAAAGCACUCUAAAAUGUAUAUAAAAAUAAAGCGGCCCGAGAAAACGCGGCGGCAGAGUUGCUAUAGUAACUCCGGGUUGUGGGCUUCUGUCAAACUCGAAUUAAAAAGCCUUUCUGUUUCCUUUUCAGACAAAAAUGCACUGAAAAAAGAACAGAACUUCAUCAUACACGAGCAGAAAAGUCUGGCACAUCACGUGAUCUACAAACAAUCCUUGUCGACUUUAAUUCACUGUGCGCUGAUGUGCACCAACUCGCCAUUUUGUAAAUCGGUCAACUUCAUAUCAGAGCAAGGAGGAAAUUUUGGCGAAUGUCAACUCAAUGACGCUACAGCAGAAGACUUUCCAUUCCAUCUGAAGCGAGUUUCUAAUUCAGUGUAUUCUGUUGUGUAUAGCUCAUGA